CACACAACAAAAUCAACUUGCUUGAUUUCCGCUUAUCAAAAAAAAAAGUUGCUUGAUCACGAACUUCAUCACAUUGAAUAAAAACAAAUCAACAACAAUGACAAAGGCAAUGUUGGUUGUCUUCCUCAGUGCUCUUUUGGUUUGCAUGCUUUUCACCCAGGAUGCUAAUGCUAAAGCAAUCAGCAAUCCAGUGAUGAGGAAGGACACUAUCCCUUGCAGCAAAAGGAGCCCUAAGGAUCCCUGCCCAUUGCCCAUAGCUAACCCAUACAAUAGAGGUUGUCACCCAGAGCAACGUUGUCGCAGCACUACUACUCCUUCCAAACCAUAGGAGAAAGAUGAAGUUGAUCUUCCAUAAAAGAUGUGGUUUGCCUUUCCAUGUCUGUUGUUUCUUCAUGAAGAUUUGGAUGCAAAAACAAGGUUUUUUUUUUCUAGGGUGGUUGACAUGCAAAGGUUGAAUAUAAAAUUCUUGCAUAGCUAAUCUAAUUUUAACUAUAAUAUUUUUUUUCAGCGGAAAAUGUCGCUCGUAUAUGUUAUUGCAGUCCCCUCUAGAAUAGCCUUUAAACUAAUUUUAUGUUUUGUGGUUGGUAUCCUUUGUAUUACUUCAUCUCAUUAAUACAUAAGGAUUGAUUCUCUAAUAUGUUAUGGGACUCUCUCUCUCUAUUGAGAUUGGUUGUGAUACAUUACCUCGAAAUUUUCUAAAAUUUUGUCGCGAACACAUUUUCCCUCUGCAUCCUAAAUAUUAUGUCCUACGAAAAGAUAAUAUAUAUCUCGGCAUUCAUCAUCUAUGAUGGAUAGAGUUAGGAGACUCUUGAUCCUGAUAAUUUAGCAACUCUCUUUCGUUAAUCACCUACGCUUCUUUAGUCAGGAUGAGCCGAGUCAAUCAUGGAUUACCCCUGACCAUGUUGUCACGCUUUGUACUCUUCUCCGAAGCCUCUUAUAGAGGAUCUUAUAGGGGAAUUAAGUCAAGUGGAUCUUAGCAGUGGCCAUUAUGAAUGUUCUUAGGCCCCUUCAAGUGUUUGGCUCAUAGGCUAUAUAUUAUGUUAGUCAAUUUGGAUGUUAGUUCUAACUUGAAGAUUAGCUUCCUAGUGUAUUCUUGAAAAGUCUACAAGUGACCGUAAGGUGAUAGUAGGAAUAUGAAUUAAGUUCAUUACUAUUAAAAGCAAGUUAUGACCUUCGUUAUUUGUAACAUAGUUUGAAGCUCAUAAACAUGGAAUAAUAUAAUAAGCUCACUAUGAAAAGCAAGUUAUGACCUUGGUUAUUUGUAACAUCUUCUUAGGUGAUAUAGUUUGAAAUUUAUGGACCUAUUUUCUCUUAAGAAAUUCUCGGUGGUAAGCUCUUUUCCACUUGACCUAAUUCCUCUAUAAGAUCCUCGAUAGUUAGGGAUGGUAGGCUCCUUUCAACAUGGAUUUUUUUAUAGGGACAUGAUCUGCAUCGAAAACGUCGUCACUAAUUUAAAUCUCUUUAUUUUACCAAUAAUUUUUUUCCAUAUCCAAAACUUCGUUAAUAAUACAUGCAAACUUUACUAGUAUCUUAAACGAUCAACGGAUUUUAGAUAUAGAAACAUAAUAUGUCAUUAAAAUAGACGAAUUUAAAUUAGCGACAGCGUAGCGUAAAAAUUGCAAUUAAGCCCUUCUCCCAACGGCUACUACCCAAAACAUUUGCAUUCAAAUUCAAGCACCCCUGUGAGCUCUUCACACUCCAGUCCACACUCACUGUUGCAAUCAACCCGCCACCACCACAACGCCAUGGAUUCUUCUCCACACAAACCGAUCCCAGAUCCUCUUCCUGCACCUCUCGGAACCCCAACCAAGCCCCAAUCGCCUUCCACCAUCAUCCUCCUCUCGCCUUCCCCCCUCAGAAAAUCCAAAUCCCGCCUCGAAAUGACUGCCGCGGAGUCUCCGGAGUCCGCCGGGGUGCGACGGCGCGGCAAAAACAGAGGACCUCAAAAUGGCGCGCCGGCGUCAGCUUCCCCAAGGAACAGUCGGAAAUCAAGGAGACGCUCCGAGGUCGAGACUACUCGAGAAGAGAAAGACCUAGGGUUAGUGGAAGAGGUUGGAAUGGGAAAACCCAAGAAGAGAAAGCAUAGCGGGCGAUCCAAGAAGGAAAAAUUGAACCCGGUUCCGCCUCUUCAACCUUCAAAUUCUCCUCCAAAGGUUGAAGAAGAGAAUGGUGGUGAUUUAGAACGUUUUGGGCAGGUAGUGAAUGAUUUGAUUAUGUGGAAAGAUGUGUCUAGAUCAACCUUUUGGUUUGGAUUUGGUUCUCUUGGCUUAUUAUCUUCCUGCUUUACUAGAGGACUCAACUUUAGCAUUUUCUCAGCCGCGUCGCAAUUAGCUGUUCUCGUUUUGGGGGUUUCGUUUUUGUCGAAUUCAAUUUCUCAUAGAAAUCAGGUUGAAGAAAAGCGCGAAAUCAAGCUGAAAGAAGGUGACAUUUUGCGUCUCGCGAAAUGGAUUCUUCCUGCAUUGAAUCUUGCGAUUUCAAAGAUGAGAGAGCUAUUCUCAGGAGAACCAUCCAUGACCCUGAAAGUAGCUCCUUUCCUUCUACUAGGAGCGGAGUAUGGCCACUUCAUUACAAUCUGGAGGCUGUGUGUCAUUGGAUUUUUUGUUAGCUUCACUGUCCCAAAGCUUUAUUCUUGCUACAAGGCUCAGAUAGAUCAGAGAGCUGAGUGCUUAAAAUUACGGUUGUUGGACACAUGGUGUACUUGCGCUCACAAGAAGAAAGUUGCAGCAUCGGCAUUGAUGACCUUCUGGAAUGUAUCUUCAAUAAAAACCCGAAUCUCCACAGCUUUCAUAUUGCUUGUACUAUUCAGAUGUCUAAAGCAACAAUUACAAGAUGAAGAAGCACAAGUCGGUGAGAAGGAACAGCAGCAACCAAUGAUGGUGGAUGAAACAGAAGAAAAUGAAAUUCAGCAGGCAUUAGUGGUUAGGGAAAAACAGUGCUAAAUCUAGCACUGUAUUUUGAUCAGGCCAUUUACAUCUAGCGGUCAAAUAUGAUGGUUCAAUGGUCAGAGAUCAUUUUCAAAUUGAUCCACCAUGUAUCGAUCCUUAUAUUGUAUUUGUACCUGUAGAUGGGGUGUUUCUUUAUAGUUUGGAAACAUAAAAUUUUGCUUUCUUGUGUUAGCUCAUCAUAUAUACAAUCAAGAGACAACCUGUUUUGGUCAAGUCACAAA